UAGCGCUGCGAGCAGUCUAGUCGAUAUCUCGCGAGGAAAGACGACGUCCAUUGUUUGUUAAAUAUAAAAUUUACAAAAGCUCUGAUUAAAUAAUAAUGCCUAAUAUUAUAAAUGAGGUUAAAUUGGAUUUUAAAGACGUGCUACUGCGGCCUAAACGGAGCACACUGAAAAGUAGAAACGAUGUGGAUCUGUUCAGGGAGAUAACGUUCCGUAACUCUGGCCAGACUUACCGCGGCGUUCCCGUCAUGGCGAGCAAUAUGGACACCGUGGGCACAUUCGAAAUGGCCAUGGAAUUGUCGAAGCACGGCCUCUUCACCUGCAUCCACAAAUACUAUUCAUUGGAUAAUUGGAAGAAGUUCGCGGAUGAACAUCCGGAGUGUUUGGAACAAAUGGCCGCUAGUUCCGGUACCGCGGAGGCUGACUUCGACCGUCUGUCAGAGAUCUUGAACAGCGUCAGUAGUUUGAAAUUCAUUUGUCUGGACGUCGCCAACGGAUACUCGCAGCACUUCGUGGAGUACGUGAGGCGAGUGAGGGCGGCAUUCCCAUCACACACCAUCAUUGCUGGUAACGUGGUGACUGGGGAGAUGGUGGAGGAGCUCAUCCUGUCAGGAGCUGAUAUCAUAAAGGUCGGUAUCGGUCCGGGGUCGGUGUGCACGACCCGCAUGAAGACGGGCGUGGGAUACCCUCAGCUGUCCGCCGUCAUAGAGUGCGCGGACGCCGCCCAUGGGCUCAAGGGACACAUUAUAUCUGACGGCGGUUGUACUUGUCCUGGCGACGUGGCGAAAGCCUUCGGAGCCGGCGCCGACUUCGUUAUGGCCGGCGGCAUGUUCGCGGGACACGACCAGUGCUCCGGGGACCUCGUCACCAAACCCGAUGGAAAGAAAGUGAAACUGUUCUAUGGAAUGUCCUCAUCGACCGCCAUGUUGAAACACUCGGGCGGCGUCGCUGAAUACAGAUCCUCUGAAGGUAAAACCGUGGAAGUUGAAUACCGAGGCAACGUGGAGGGCACGGUGAAGGACGUCCUGGGCGGCUUGAGGUCGGCGUGCACGUACGUGGGGGCCUCGAGGCUCAGGGAACUGCCUCGGAGGGCGACCUUCAUCAGGUGUUGCAGACAAGUCAACGACGUCUUCUCUUAAUUGCAACACACGCAACAUUCUAAGCUUCCUAAAUUCAUUGACGCCUUGCUAUGAAGAAUCUUUUGUUGUAAGCCUUCGAAGUAAAGCAAAGUUUAGUAUAUACGUUAGAUAGAAAUGUCUCAAAGCUCUAAUAAUGACAGUAUGCUAUGAAAUUAAAUUAAUUUUGCUGUUAAAUUUCAUACAUCGAUGCAAAAUCUCCUUAGUUUAUAUAAGAUAAUUUUAAUAAAUAUAAAUAUUUAUAUGCAUAAAGAAUUUUUAUGUAUCUAGCUUUAUUGUAACUUCCGAAUGAAAUAAGUGUUGACAUAUGAAAAAUGAAUAUCAUUAAGAAAAAUUAUUAGAUAUUGCCAUGUUUAAUAAUUAAUUGGUUAGUUAGCAGAAAUUUACUUUAUUAUUAUUAUGUAUUAGAAAAUUAUUUUUGAAAAAAAAAACAUUUUAAUGUGAAAAUUAUUUACAACGAAAUGAAAGAAGUAAAAAACUAAUUUGAACGCAUUUUUUCAGAUUUUUAAUAUUUUUUUAUUUAUUGUUAUGAUAGCAUGUAAUAAAUUAAAUAUAAACAAUCUUAUGCGUGUAUGCUACUUAAUACGAGAAAUAUUUUCUUCAUAUUAUUAUUGUUUUUUUGGAAACCAAUUUGUAACAGCGCCAUCUAUGUUAUGUUAAAGUUAUUAAAAUACGCAUAAAUCGAUGCACAAGUCUUGAAACACAUUGAUUUUAUUGUUUUUUUUUUUUGUUAACAAUUUGUUUUGAAAUCAUUACAACGUUUUGUGUGAAUUUAUUUUGUUGUGUGAAAUAUAUCAUGUUGAACAUC